AUGUGGAACAAUGAGACAUUUGGUUUAGAUUUAAACAUUGCAGAUGUUGCCUGUACGUCCAUUGAUGUUGUUGUAGAAGGCAGUGGUGGUGUCUGCAAUACAGGGCAUUCCAAUGAUGAUGGGCUGGAUCGCAGUGGCGGUGUUUGUGAUGAAGGUUAUCAUGCUAUUAAUUUGGACCCGGUGGGUUUCAUUUGUGAUAAAGAUACGUCAAUUGAUGCUGGUGUAGAAGGCAGUGGUGGUGUCUGCAAUACAGAGCAUUCCACUGAUGGUGAUCAUAUUGAUGGUUGUGUAGAAGGAAGUGGGGGUCAGUGUGAUGAAGGGAAUUCAACCGAUAUUGCUGUAGAGACUAGUGGUCAGGGCGCCAGUGAACACUGUUUGACUGACGUUGAGGCAGAAGACAAUGCAUUUGUUUUGGAAAUGUCUCCUGGGUUGACUAAGUAUUGGCGUCUAGUUUGCAGUGAUAGUUUGAAGCCUGUUGUGGGGCAAACGUUUGAUUCCUUGGAUUGUGCUAUUGUUUUUUAUAAACGGUAUGCUGGGUAUGUUGGUUUUGAUUGUAGACAGGGUACAAUUCGGAGGAGGAGGGAUGGUGUUGUGGUGGAGAGACAGGUAUUCUGUAGUCGAGAGGGGUUUAAAAAGAGUAUUUAUAGUACGCAAUCUACGUGUGUUGGUGAUGGUAAGCCCAUUGUUGUGAAGAGACGGAGGGUGAUAAAUAGGGUUGGGUGCAAGGCUAAAGUGGUGUUUAAGCGUAAGUCUAAUGGACUAUUUGUUGUGCAUUUUUUGGAGGAACGACACACUCAUGUGAUGUGUUCAAUCAUUGCUAAGAAGUUUUUAAAGGAGAAUCGUAGUCUUGAUGCUGGCCAUCAAAUGUUCAUUGCAAGUUGUGUUCGGGCAAAUAUUGGGUAUGUUCGGUCCUAUAAGCUGUUUAAGGAGAUUGUUGGUGAGUAUUCCAAUGUUGGUGCUACUAGGGUGGAUUUUAAGAAUUUCAAGCGUGAUUUGAUGGCAUACAUAUUGAAUGGUGAUGCUCAACUAUUCAUAGAUACGCUUUUUAAAAGGCGUGAAUUGUGCGAGGCUUUUGAGUUUGAAUAUGAUGUUGAUGACGUUGAUCAGCUUACAAGGGUUUUUUGGGCAGAUGCAGUAUCAAGGAAGAAUUUUGCAUUGUUUGGUGAUGCUGUUUUAUUCGAUGCUACAUACCGAUCUAACAGGUAUAAAUUGGUGUUUGUCCUAUUUACUGGAAUCAAUAACCAUAAGAGAUCCAUCACAUUUGGUGCUGGUUUACUUACGAGGGAAGACGUAGACUCAUAUGUUUGGCUUCUGGAGAGAUUUAAGAAAACCAUGCGUCAUGAACCUAUUUGCGUCGUUACUGACCAAGAUCCAGCUGUUAAGAUUGCAGUUGCCCGUGUGUUUGGUACAUCAAAACAUAGAUUCUGCAUGUGGCAUAUAAUGUGCAAGGUUGGUGAGAAGGUUGGACCGGUCUUAGCUAAGGACGAGGUGUUUAGGAGGAAGUUGAAUGGCAUUGUUUGGAACAAAUCUAUAGAUUCCAAAGCGUUUGAGGAUUCAUGGAGUCGUAUCAUAGAGGAAUAUGGUUUGGUUGAUAAUGGUUGGUUUCGUUACUUGUUCAAGUCUCGUACAUUUUGGGCAUCUCCAUACUUUCAUGAUGAGUUUAUGUCGGGAUUUGUUAGGACAACAUCUCGAUCAGAGUCUCAAAAUAGUUUUUUUGGCAGUUUCUCCAAUGGUCAUUCCAGUUUGACUCCAUUGGCGCUGGAGAAACAUGCAAUGGAUGUCUAUACCAUUUCUGUAUUUUAUGAUGUGCAAGUAGAGAUUUGUGAAGGUUGUUUUUCUUGUCGAGUGGUGUCUUUGUGUGAGUGCGAUGGUAAGGUGUGCUAUGGGAUAAAAGAUGGUGACAAGAAGGCAUGGUGUGUGGAGUUUUUGUUGGCUGACUGUACUGCUAUAUGUUCAUGCAAGAUGUUUGAGCGGAUGGGGUUGGUGUGUAGGCAUAUUUUUUUUGUGUUUAAAGAUCGCGGACUUGAGAGAAUUCCUUCUAUGUAUUUGGUGUCUCGGUGGACAAAGGCUGCUUGUUUGAAGCCAAUUUUUUAUAUUGAUGAUACGGUUGUUGAUCAAUCGGCUAAAGUGGAUAAUGUUAGGGUGAUUACUAAUCUAAUGUGGUCUGAAAUUUAUGCUUGCGUGGGAUUGGCUGAUGGUAAUGUAGAACGGUUGGAACAACUAAGACGUGGGUCAACAAUGGAGGUUCGUGAUCCAAUUAAAGUUAAGAACAAGGGCGGCGGGAAGCGGAUGAAGAGUGCAAGGGAGAAAGCUGUGAAUAAGUGUGUAAAGCAAUCAAGGAAAUGCCAUACUUGUGAUGAAUAUGGUCAUAAUAGUAGGACGUGCCCAUUAAAUGGCUAG